GGCAGCGGCAUGGCGGACCGAGGCCGAGAACAACCAAUUGGAGGACAGCGCAAACAAGAUAGCGCUCCUCCUCUCUCAUCUCACGGAUCUCUUGGCCACCUGCAUUACACAGCAGGUGGAGAUCCUUGCCUCGACACCUCGCUAGCUCACAUGCAAAACUGCCUUCAGCGGUUGGAGCAGCGACCAGUUGCCGUCGCCGACGCAGGCUCUUCUAAUACUGCCAACCACCUCAAUCCAUUGGAGAUGCAUGUCGGCUCACUCCAGGAUGGCGCACAGUUACAGCUCACCGCGAUGCAACUGUUGCAGCAACGGGUCUGUACCACAUCCACUACCUCGAGUACGGAGCCGCACGAGACAACUCCAAAGUUUGACGGGCAGGAGAUCUUCUGCAAUUCAACGAAGACAGAUCCGAUUCCAUGGUUCCGCAAGUUCGAGCUCACGCUGCAGCUGUCCAACGUCAAGGAACACAAGCAUCACGCCUACUUGUACUCUCGCUCAGGGGGCACGUGCCAGGCUUGGUUGGACAACCUCUUGUCCAAGUACGGAGUGGUAGCAGCGGACUUGCACACCAUGAUCAGUUGGGAUGAUCUGAAGGCGGCGUGGCACAAGCGGUUCCAGGUGGAGCCGCCAAAGAUCAAGGCCAUGGACAAGCUCAUGAUUUUCGAGCAAGGCACGCUGCCGAGUACGGACUGGAUCGCCGAGUACCAACGCUUGACGUCAGUCCCAGACAUCCAGAUGGGCUCCAAGGCCAUCCGCCACUACUUCAUCUCAAGGUCAUGUCCGGCAUUGAGCAAUGGCCUGACGCAUGUCGAGGACACCUUGGUGACGACGGCGGAAUUAUUCGACAAGGCGGCGCAGAUCAUCGUCACGAACAAGGUGGCCAAGAACCUCCGUUCAUCUGCAUCAGGCCUGAGCGGGGACCAGCAUCGGCCAAGAGUGGCCGUGGUCGCAGUGGCAGCGCCUUCGUCUUCAARKGGUUCUUCAYGGGAUUCGGCGCGCGAGUUCAAUAUAGAGGCAUUGGACCCGCUCACGUCUGAGGACUUUGCAUGGCUUCCUUUCCCGACCACAGGCUGUUUGCCGGGACCGCAAUGCGCAACACUUAGYGCUAAUCUUCACACUUACCUAUCCUUCUAUGCACCACCAACUUCGCCGACGGAUGACKAAGUCGYGGUGGGGGACAUCCUGGCGUAUAYUACCAAGGUGKCCCGCGAGUUUCGCACGCAGCGGGACGAUGACAACAACGCACCGCUCAUGUAUGUCCGCAUUCAGUAUGGGCAAACGUCCUGCAGCGCUUUGCUGGAUAGCGGCGCGUCUCACAACUUCAUGAGCCAGUCUUUUAUGCAAAGAGCUGGCCUUGGCGCACAAGUUCGGAGGAAGAAAAACCCGACGGCGAUCAAGUUGGCGGAUGGAAAAAUGCAACAACUUCUCGACCGUUACAUCGAGGCCAUACCGGUCUACUUCGCACCUCAUGCAUGCGAACCGGUAACAUUCGAUAUUCUCGAYACGGACUUCGACAUCAUUCUGGGAAUGCCUUGGCUUGCAAGUGCAGAUCACACGGUCAACUUCCAUCGGCGGACUCUUAGCGUUCGCGACGCCUUCGGCGCGGAAGUGGCGUGUACUAUUUCUCUACCGCACUCUUCGAUCCGGUGCCAAGUGGUGACGGCCAAAUCAUUUCGGUCGACUUGCGCUUACGAGCAGCCCGAGGAGAUCGGCCUUUGUUUCCUACGGACCGUCGCGGUAGCCGACUCUUCACCCACAGACUUGUCUUCGGACCCCYGUAUGGUGCGGUYGCGGGACGAGUUCGCCGACAUCUUCGAGUCACCUACCRGUGUGGUGYCGGGUCGGCCGAUCUCUCACGAGAUCAUUCUUGAGGCCGGUGCCGUGCCGCCGAAAGGUUGCAUCUAUCGGAUGAGCGAGGAGGAGCUUGAGGUUCUCCGCGCACAACUCGAUGAUUUGUUGGCCAAGGGUUGGAUCCGCCCGAGUAGCUCCCCAUAUGGAGCACCAGUUCUUUUCGUCGUGAAGAAGAACAAGGAUCUACGAUUGUGUAUUGACUACCGCAAGCUCAACGCGCAAACCGUCAAGAAUGCGGGGCCUCUUCCUCGCAUCGACGAUCUUCUUGAGCGGUUGGGCGGCGCGAAGUAUUUUUCGAAGUUGGAUUUGAAAUCAGGAUAUCAUCAAAUCUCGAUCCAGCCGAACGAUCGCUACAAGACCGCGUUCAAGACACGGUACGGGCAUUUUGAGUGGGUGGUCAUGCCUUUUCGCCUCACCAACGCCCCGGCGACCUUUCAAGCAGUGAUGACCAAUGAGUUCCAUGCAAUGUUGGACCGGUUCGUGCUGGUCUACUUAGACGAUAUUCUYGUCUAUGGCCGGACAUUGGAGGAUCAUCUUGGACAUUUUCGACGAGUGUUGGAGACGCUCUGCCGUGCCAAGUACAAGGCCAACCGCGACAAGUGCGAAUUUGUCCGGCAAGAGAUGGAAUACUUGGGCCAUUUUGUCACACCGGAGGGCAUCAUCCUCGAGCAACAUGAUGGUGUGGACUGGCACCCGGUCGAGUACUUCAGCAAGAAAGUGCCCCUUGUACAUUCCAUUGACGAUGCACGCAAGAAGGAACUCCUCAUCUUCGUCCACUCGCUCAAGCGCUGGCGGCACUUCCUCCUUGGUCGAAGCCAGUUUCGAUGGGUAACGGACAACAAUCUGUUGGUCUUCUACAAGACCCAAGACACCGUCAACAGCACCAUCGUUCGAUGGAUGGCUUUCAUUGACCAGUUCGACUUUUUUCCCAAACACAUGCCUGGGAAGUCGAAUCGUUUUGCGGAUGCUCUUUCACGGUGUCCGGAUCAUUGUACCGCAGUCUACUCGACCUUCGAGAUUGACGACGACCGGCAGAACAUCUUCAUCCGCGGCUACCAAGCCGACCCCGAGUUUCGCGACAAGUACGCGAAUUGCUCCUCUCCUAAUGUGGCUCCUUCUCACUACCGGAUCCAAGAGGGGUACUUGCUUGUCUACACGAGGGGGAAGGACCUUCUUUUCGUACCGAGUGAUCCUCACUUGCAUACACGGCUUCUUGGUGAGUUCCACGAUGCUCCCGCCACUGGACAUUUUGAAGUCAAUCGCACGAUUGGCCGACUUCGCCAGCGAUUUUGGUGGCCCGGCCUUCUUGGCGACGUCACGCGCUAUUGCGAGUCAUGCGAGGUUUGCCGACGCUGCAAAUCCCGCAACCAUCGUCCGUACGGCGAGUUACGACCAUUGCAAGUCCCGUUGAGGCGAAGGGAAGCGAUUGCCAUGGACAUUAUUGGCCCGUUCCCCAAGCACAAGACCGGAGUGGAUGGGAUUCUCACGGCGGUCAACCGACUCACCAAGUUCGCCAUGUUUUUGCCUUGUCGCUAUCAUGCCAAGGCACCGGAGGUGGCCGGGGUUCUAUACGCCGGUUGGAUUCGCACCAAGGGUUACCCCAAGGAGAUCGUCUGCGACCGCGACACUCAGUUCAUGUUCGAUUUUUGGUUGGCGCUCAUCAAGCGAUGGGGCUCAUCUCUCAAGCCCAGUUCAGCUCGCCACUCUCAUACCGAUGGCCAGACGGAGAGGGCGCAUCAGACCGCACAGAUUUUCCUUCGCACUCUCAUCCGCCCCGACCAGAAAGACUGGGUUGAGCGACUGCCGGAUGUUGAGUUGGCCUACAACUCUUCCAUCCACCCGGUUAUUGGGAUAUCGCCCUUUGAUUUCGAGCAUGGCUCGCCGGUCACGUCACCGUUGGACACUAUUACUCCACGCACGGUCGAGAGCGACGACCAUCUUCUUUUCUUGCGUCGGAUGCAAGAGCUUCUUGUCAAGGCACGCGACCAAAUGGCAAAGACGCAGCAGCGCUUGAGCCAGCAGGCCAAUCGCCAGCGUCUUCCUUGUCCAUUUCGCGCCGGGGACCUCGUCUGGGUUUCCACCGCGGAAUUCAGCCUUGAACAAGACGUCUCUCCCAAGCUCCUUUUGAAAUGGAUGGGGCCUUGGCCGAUCAUAGAGCCCGUUGGGGAUGCACCCGAAGGACCCUCCUUCACGAUUCAGGUGCCUAGCCACUUGCCUGUCUACCCAGUCUUUCAUUGCUCUAAACUGACCCUCUACACACCAGCGGAUCAUGACGACUUUCCCGGGAGACGUACGCAAGACCCACCUUCUAUGGAUGGUUUCAGGAGGUCGGUGACAUCAUCUCCCAGCGACGCUUUGGCAACAAACCAACUGAGUAUUUAGUGCAUUUUGCAUACUGCACACACCGAGAUGACCGUUGGUUAACCCGUGCGGAACUUCAGGCAACAGCUCCAGACGUUCUCGCAUGCUACGAGC